AUGAAGGUUUCCUUUGUCUUGUUAGGGUUGUUGGCACUUAUGGUGCUGCAUGAGUCAUCAUCCCAAGGACUUUUCAACACGAGACUGGGUCAUUCCCAUUUCAAUAAUUUUAGGUUCAUCAAAGGCCCCAGAGGUAGAAGAGGCUCAACAGGACUUAACGGAGCAGUAGGAGCACAAGGCAUCGCAGGGGCGAAGGGCGCAAAAGGAGCAACGGGAGCGAAGGGAGCAACGGGAGCAAAGGGAGCAACGGGAGCAAAGGGAGCAACGGGAAGUAAAGGAUCAACGGGAGCAAAGGGAGCAACGGGAGCGAAGGGAGCAACGGGAGCAAAGGGAGCAACGGGAGCAAAGGGAGCAACGGGAAGUAAAGGAUCAACAGGUGCAAAGGGAUCAGCAGGAUCAAAGGGAGCGAAGGGAGGAAAUGGGGCAAAGGGAGCGAAGGGAGAGAAGGGAGCAAAGGGAGCGAAGGGAGAGAAAGGAGCAAAAGGAUCACAAGGAACACCAGGAGCAAAGGGGGCAAAUGGAGCUAAAGGAUUACCAGGUGCAAAAGGAUCACCAGGAUCAAAGGGAGCAACGGGGUCAACAGGAACGGGAGCAAAGGGCUCACCAGGUGCAACAGGUGCCAAAGGUGCCACAGGUGCAAAGGGAGAUGCGGGAGGAGCAAAAGGGAGUAAAGGAAGUAAAGGUUCAACGGGUGCAAAGGGAUCACCUGGAUCAAAGGGAGGAACUGGAUCAAAGGGAGCAUCAGGAGCCAAGGGAGCAUCAGGAGCCACGGGAUCGAAAGGGGCGAACGGAGCAAAAGGAGGACCAGGAGCCAAGGGAGCACCAGGAGCCAAGGGAGCACCAGGAGCCACGGGUGCAAAAGGAGCCCAAGGAGCACCCGGAACUCCGGGAGCAACAGGAGCAAAAGGAGGACCAGGAGCCAAAGGAGCAACCGGAGCCAAGGGAGCAACAGGAGCCAAAGGAGCAACCGGAGCCAAAGGAGCAACGGGAGCCAAAGGAGCAACGGGAGCCAAAGGAGCACCGGCAGCAGCGGGAGCAAAUGGAGCAAAGGGAGCAAAAGGAGCAAAGGGAGCAAGUGGGGCAAAGGGAGCAACUGGAGCAAAGGGAGCAACGGGAGCAGCAGGGCUAAAAGGAGCAACUGGAGCAAAGGGAGCAGCAGGGGCAGUAGGAGCAGCUGGAGCAAGGGGAAUUACAGGAUUUCAAGGAAACAGGGGACAAAACGGCGAGGGCAUUGUGGCUUUCUGCACAAGAUAUUUGAGGUUAAGAUUCCGCAAAUCAUUUCUGAAGAAAUUGUGCGUGGACAUUCUGCAUAACGAAAACACGGAACAAAUAAUGAGAGACUUCAUUUAUGAUGAACUAGAAAUUGCCCACCGUCGUAAAAAACUGUAUCUGGUUGCUAAGAGAGCCAGGCAAGCUGGUCAUGAAAGGCGAAUGGUGCUAGACAGGCUUUUCGUUGACGGCAAGCUGUAUGAAGACCCACCCCAAGCUGACCCGCGAUCUUACCGGGAUGUCGUACAAGUAAAGCCUAACAGUAACAGUGCACGUUCUAGAAGGUGCAGUGAGCCCAAGCUGACCCGCGAUCUUACCGGGAUGUUGUACAAGUAA